AUGGUUUCCAAAACCACGCGAGCUGCUACUGCAGCAGCAAGAGGAGCGGCUGCACGCAUGCGUGCGGCCGCGGAAAGUGCCUCUCACGUCUCAGCAGCAGGCGAUUCGUCGCCUGUUGUCGUGAAUCCUCCACGUGGUGAGUCACCACGUGCGACAGACGAGUCUGAGAUAGAGCUCAUCUAUUAUGGCGAGUCGGAUGAUGCAUCCGACUCGAAGGCGAUUCUACACGCCUCGGGAUCACCCGGGGCGGACGCUGCAAAAGACAGGCUGACUGGCUCUGGUCAGCGCGGCAGCAUCAUGACCUAG